UCGCUUAAAGUAAUAGAAAAAUAAAAUUUAAAAAAAAAAAAUCAAAUUCAUCACUCGCCAUGAAGAGUUACCCGGAGAGCGUCGCCUUCCUGGGGCAGUUCGGACGCUUCCAGCAAGUCGUUUUUCUCCUGCUGUGCAUCAGCAUCGUGCCUAACGGCUUCGGUGCCUUCACCCUCGUCUUCCUGGCAGACACGCCGGCCCACCACUGCCGGGUGCCGGAUGUCAAUUUAACCGAGGACUGGCACGCUGCCGUCAUCCCCGUGCGGGUGGUGAACGGCAAAGAAGUGCUGAGCAGCUGUAGCAGGUACCGGCUCGAUGUAGUCCGGAACCUGUCGGACCAGGGCUACAGUCCCGAGGUGGAUGUCAACCUCACCUCCCUGCAGGAGGAGACGUGUCAAGACGGCUGGAUCUACAGCAAGGAAACCUACCAAUCCACCGUUGUCACUGAGUUUGACCUGGUGUGCGACAACCAAUGGAAGAAACCAUUCACUACUACCAUUUUCUUUGUGGGCAUCCUGGCCGGAUCCUUCUUCGCGGGGCAACUUUCAGACAAAUUUGGAAGGAAACCAAUCCUUUUCAUCACGCUGGCUCUGCAGACCGUCUUCAGCUUCAUUCAGGUCUUCUCUGUAUCCUGGUCCAUGUUCACCGUGCUGCUGGUCAUCAACGGCCUGGGACAGAUGUCCAACUACAUGGCAGCAUUAGUACUGGGCGCAGAGAUCCUCACUGGCAACGUGCGGCUGCUGUAUUCAUCGCUGGGAACCUGCUUUGGUUUCGCCGUCGGCUACAUGAUCCUACCUGUGUGCGCUUACUUCCUGAGGGACUGGAAGUCUCUCAUGCUGGCCUUGUCCCUGCCCUGCCUGGUUUUGUUCCCCUUCUGGUGGUUCAUCCCGGAGUCUCCUCGCUGGCUCCUGUGCCAGGGACGAGUGGAGGAGGCAGAGGCCAUCGUGAGGAAGGCGGCCAGGAUGAACAAAGUGCGAGCCCCACAAGUCAUCUUCGAGGAUUACAUUGUGAGCAAGCCCAAAGAGUCACAGCCCAAAGAACCGCACAGCAUCCUGGACCUGGUGGGCAACUUCGAAAUCGGAUUCAUGACAAUGAUUCUCUGCUAUGUGGCGUUCACCAUGUCCGCGGGCUAUUACGGCAUCUCCUACAACACGACGCAGUUCCAUACCAACGCAUACAUCAGCUGUUUCAUCUCAGCGGCUGUGGAGCUUCCGGCGUACGUGUCCAGCUGGCUGGCUCUGCGCUAUGUGUCGCGUCGAAUGUCUGUUAUCGGCUCUCUUUUACUGGCUGCGGUGCCACUCUACUUCAUACAGCUGGUGCCUGAAGACUACACUGGUCUUUCGCUCACUCUGGAGAUGGUGGGAAAAUACGCCAUCACCACCGGCUUCGGCCUGAUGUUCGCUUACACCACCGAGCUGUACCCGACGGUGCUACGAAACACGGCGGCUGGAAUUUGUAACACAGUGGCGAGGCUGGGAAGCUGCAUCACGCCAUACCUGCUGGAACUCAGGUCUUAUUCACCAUUCCUGCCUUACAUCAUCCUGGGCAGUCUGGCCGUUUUGGCGGCCUUCGCUACGGUCCUCCUGCCAGAGAGCUUCGGGCGACCGCUGCCCGAAUCCAUCCAACAGAUGCGCAAGAGAGAGCGCAUCAAGUGUCCGUGCAUCCCGAAGGCAGAGACCCCCGUGGCUGUGGUUCUUUCGGAAAAUCCCAAAUCUUAAUAAAGGAUUAAAAAUAGUUGUUUACAGGGCUGAUGAUGUUUUUUAAUAAAAAAAAAUAAGGCUGCAUGUUUUUUUCCCCCUUUUCUGGACAGUUGACUUGGAAAUACGUCAUAUCAGGUCACUUUUUUCAAAUGUAAUUUCUGACUUUAUAAUGUGUAAUUGAAUAUAAAUGUGGAUACUGUUUACAAAUGCUGACACUCUAUGGAGGACUGGCCUCACUUUACUAUGCGCACAUCGAUGUAUUUACGUGUCAAUGUUUUUGUUACUCUGUUAUCGUCCUUCUGUAUGUACGGUAAUGCUGAGUGCAUGUUGUGUUUUUGACUUUCUGGAAAUGACUCGCUUUGUCUGUUUUUUUUUUUCUUUUUCCCCAAUGCGAACUGUUUUAAAAAAAAAAAAAAAAUCCUAACCAAAAUGGAGUGGUUUUGCUCAGGUGCAGAGAGCCUUAAAAGCUAAAUACAAUCAUCUUAUUAUAUAAAUUGUACAAACAAGCAAUACACAGUGUACACGGGCCACCCCUUGCAACAAGUAUCGUAUGUGAUUCUGUUGCUUUUAAAGUGACAAUAAAAAAAAAAAUGUUCCGUUUA